AGUAAAAUCUGGCGACCUUUCAAGUUGUUUCGUUACUGUUCUACAAUUUCAAGUUGCCAAUGAGAUUGAUUGCUUGCAACACUUGAAAUAUUUGACAUAAGGAGGUUGUACUUACAAACCAAACAUAAACGUGCAAACGGCUUGGUGUUAUCCUGUCCUCAAUACAAAUUUAUAGAGAUGGUUGAACAGUCUCCACUUAUAUCUAGUUUAAUGUCAACUCCCAUCAGUUCAAGUCUUGGGUGUGCACGCUUAGAGCUACGAAAUACACAAUGCACACCUGUAGCAGUAUCCGAUGGCAUGAAACUUUUGCGGUAUGCUGUUUCUAUUGGAGAUUCCGAUAAAGUUUAUAAACUAUUGAGGUUUUCAAAUAUAUCACCAAUUGACUAUGGUGCUGAUAUGCCUGUUAUCUGUAAGGCAGCUGGGAAAGGUUAUACGGAUAUUGUUGGUCUCCUUAUCAGACAUGGUGCAUCAGCAAAUGCAAGGUCAACUGAUGGUUCUACACCCUUAAUUUAUGCUGCUGAUGGUGGUCAUCUCACUGUUUUAUCACUGCUGUUAGAUGCAGGAGCGUUAGUCAACACUAUUAAUUGCCAUGGUGAAUGCGCUCUUACCCGUGCUACCCGUCGUGGAUGGGUUCAUUGUGCACGAUUUCUCUUAAGCCAUGGAGCUAAUCCGAAUCCGAUGCCAUCUGAUGGGCAUACUUUUGUGGUAUCACCACUACAUUUAGCUCGCCAAAUGCAUCAAACAGUUAUAGAACAAGAUAUUUUAAAAAGAACAGUUGAGGUUGAUAAAGCUGUUGCUGAAAUAGUAGCAACGACUCUACCAAAUCAUCUGACUUUGAUAGAACCAGGACAUUUACCAGAGACAAUGUCUUUGAGUUUGUUUCCUGUUCAAAUCUUCUCUUCAGAAGAGCUUAGUCGCUUUGUUUUGUACUUUAAAACACCUCCUGGGUAUGGCUCACGCAGUGUACAAAUGGGGAAUAAAGAAUCUUCCAGUGGAUCGACACCGUCUGACGAGCUGAUAUUCGUAUAUGUGAUUCGAGCGCAGUUAUCAGACAAUCAUGUCUCUUGCUGGCUCACUGGACCUCCCAUGGAAUCACUAUCAUUGAGCUUUAAUGGAACAAAAAAACACUGUACCGUGAUACCCUUGUCUUCCGAGUAUUCUGGUAUUUGCGUAUAUUCAGUAUCUACAGUAAUUAGGAGUGGUGGACUUAAUACUAUCUGCCUAGAGCUACGUACCCAAGACCAAUCAAUUGGUGAAACAGCUCAGAUGUCAAAAAUCGACAGAAUAAGGUUUACUAACUUUCCUUCAAAGACAACAAAGAACAAUACUUUCGAGAAUACAUGUCAAGAUGAAUGCUGAGUAUGGCUUUUAAUUCUAAAAGAAAGUCCUGUUCCGUUACUUCGCGUCGAUUAUAAAACCUAUGGGAUUUUGUUAAGUCGAUAAUUAGACCAAGUUUGUACUGAAAAAAUAAACAUUUGUUUAAUCAGAGAGCUUUACCGGUUCCGCUGUUUUGAAUGCAUCAUCUACGUGAAAUACAUCAUCCGGAUCGAUGAAAUGAUCAAACUUAUUGUCUAACGGUGUUUUGAAUGGAAUGAAUAUAUCUAAUAUCAUGUCUCCCAUACGCGGACAUUUCAACCAUCUACGAGGUAACAUAGGGAUUCCUCUAUUAUUCAUUCUGAAAACGAACGAAGAGUAAUCAUAAAAGUACAUAGAAAUUUGUGUGCAUCAGAGCAGUACAAAACGGAAAGUGAUAAAACAAGCGAUGCUUAUAGCAAUCAUUAGAUGACCAGAAUAACCUUCGAGUUCAUGUGAUACUUAUGUAAGUUGAACUUUUUAUCUGACUUUCAUUUUAAGUCACAACAUUUUUAAACAAUAUGAUGAGAUUAAAGCUAAAAUUUAAUAGUGAUUGUUCCUAGUAUGAUCUGAAUCAAUGAAUACUUUGAUAAUCUACCAAAUGUCGAUCAUCAAUUCGCGAUAUCGGUGAGUAAUGGGCGUUAGAAAAGCCACAAAAUAUCCACUUUCAUGUUUUGCAAUUAACGUUUACAAACUCCAUGCAAGAAGUACGCGCUGGUUUAAAGGUACUUACACUGGCUAUCCUCUAAAUGCUUAAUUAACCUUUUAAUAUGCUAAAACCCUAUUUUCCCAAGGUUAUAAACUACAAAUACAGGAUAUUUUCAACAGGAAUUUCUCGGCUUUGGGAACAAUAAAAGCUUUUUUAU